GAAAGCAGUAAAUCUUAAAGAGACUUUAGGUGCACGAGAACAGAGGAGGACACUAUCGAGCCAGGCAGCGAGACCAGGUGUCACAGUUCAGCAGUUAUCCUACGCCAGAGCAGAAGUGUUGUAGCACCACUGCAGGAUGGCACCCCAUGGUGGUAGAGUAACAGGUCUGCCUCGGCUGACAUCUUUCCUGCGGUCGCAUGCUAAUGUUAGCCGAAGUGGUGGAGACGAGGAGUAUGAUCUAGCACAGGUGUUGGCCAUUAAGCGAGAAGAACGAAACAAACGUAUGAAAGAAAAUGGAAUAACGUGGCCUCGCAUCAAGGACCAAGUGGAGCACCUGGGUAAACAUAAUAAUGUUAAUCUGGAAUGUUACCUCAGGGAAGUGUGGGAAGUGGCUCGACAGGUCGCUCCGGAGCUUGAUACCCGGGAUGAAGCAGCCACACUGCUCUUCACCCUAUCUCACGACCGCAGUGUCCUCACUGUCAAGCAGAGGCUGAAGCUACGGCAAAUGUUGGGCGAUGUCAAACCUCUUCUGCUGGAGAGGGCUCACAAGGCAGUUCGUAAUAUUGCUGACUUAGUGAGUGAGGAGGACCUAGUGGAACUGAUGAACAACCUUCAUAUACCUGAGAACACAUCAACCAUGUUUGGGGCAAAUAUUAAGAUUGGCCCCCUGGCCCAGACACCAGAACUUCUGCCAAUGGAUAAGCUGCUGGACCUGACCAAAGUGAAGGUGGUCUCUCAGGCAACUCUCAACUAUGAUGACUAUAAACCUGAGCCAGUGGAAGUGCAAGUCAAGAAAAAGGCAUCCAAAGAGAUUUAUGAUAAGUCAUGGAUUGAGAUGGAGAUGCUGAAAUAUUAUACAGACAUAAGCAUAGUGGCAGAACUGAGCAAAGGCACCCUCACUCUCCUGGUCAGCAGUAAGGGUGAUGAUGAACUGCAGAAUGACAUGUUUGACCUUCUUGGGUUUGAGAGGUUUGAACUUAUCCAGACAUUACUUAAGCACAGACAAGAGAUCAAGAAUCCUCCGCCUCAUAAAGACUUGAAGAUUGCAGAGUUGUUGAACGACCUUGAGAACCGAGGGAUGCCCGAGCGUCCAGUGUUUGGUCAGCAAGUGACUGUUAUGAAUGAAACAGAGAAGCAGUUCCUCAAACAAGCUCGUAAAGAAGAGAAGAAGUUACUGAGGACGGCAAAACAGUUGGCGGUAGAUGAUAAUGUGGAAGACUUCAGCCCUGAGACUCUGAAAGCUAAAAGGGAAACAGCCUUACGCGAAGCAUCUCAAGCUUAUCUCUUCAAAAAGCGUGACCGUGUUUACACCCCAGAAGUGAAGUAUCCCUUCGUGUUUGACAACCACGACAAAGCCAAACAAACUGCAGGUUUUAUCGCAGGCAUAAAAAUAGCUUUGCCUGAGGGAUUCACCCGGACCACAGACAGCAUGAAAGAGGAGGUGGAGAUUCCUGUGUCUGAGCAGCCACCUCAGGAUGUUGGGGCCAAGCUCUUCCCUGUCUGUGAGCUAGACAAGAUUGGUCAAAUGGCCUUCAAGGGAUGCAAGACUCUGAACCGUAUCCAAACAGUGGUGUACCCUGUUGCUUACCACACUAAUGAAAACCUUCUCAUCUGUGCCCCAACUGGAGCUGGUAAGACAAAUAUUGCUAUGCUCACUGUGGUGCAUCAGAUCAGGCAGCACAUAGAGUCUGGUGUGAUUCAGAAAGAUAAGUUUAAGGUUGUGUACAUUGCCCCUAUGAAAGCUUUGGCAGCUGAGAUGGCACGUAAUUUUGGCAAGCGACUGGAGCCCCUGGGACUAACAGUACGAGAGUUGACAGGAGACAUGCACCUCACCAAGCCGGAGAUCAUGGCCACAAACAUGAUUAUUACCACACCAGAGAAGUGGGACGUCACCACACGUAAACCUGGUGAUACUCAGCUCUCCCAGUUGGUCAAGUUGCUGAUCAUUGAUGAGGUUCACCUCCUGCAUGGUGAUCGAGGCCCAGUGCUGGAGACUCUUGUAGCUCGUACUUUACGCAUGGUGGAGUCCCAGCAGUCCAUGAUAAGAAUAGUGGGUCUCUCUGCUACUCUACCAAAUUAUAUUGAUGUAGCUUCUUUUCUUCGAGUGAAUCCCUUCAAGGGCCUCUUCUAUUUUGAUGGGCGGUUCCGUCCAGUACCUCUCGGCCUGUCAUUCAUCGGAGUGAAAGCCAUGGGGAGGUUCAAGCAGAUGGAGGACAUGGAUAAAGUCACCUUUGAUAAAUGUCUCCAUUUCCUGGAACGAGGUCACCAAGUCAUGGUGUUUGUUCACGCCCGUAAUGGAACUUUACGUACAGCUGAGAAUUUGAUCAAGUUAGCUCAGGAGAUGGGGAAGACUAAAGAGUUCCUGCCAGAUGAAGGGCCAGAUGUUACCAGAGCUCGCAAGGAGUUAGGUCGCUCACGAAACAAAAAAUUACAUGAAUUAUUUGACUCUGGGUUUGGAGUCCAUCAUGCUGGCCUUCUAAGAUCUGACAGAACACAGAUUGAGUCCUUAUUUAGUCGAGGAUUCAUUAAGGUCCUGGUGUGUACGGCAACACUGGCCUGGGGCGUCAACCUUCCUGCUCACGCUGUCAUUAUAAAGGGGACAGAUAUCUACAACAGCAAACAUGGCACAAUGGUGGAUUUAGGCAUUCUGGAUGUGCUGCAGAUCUUUGGUCGUGCUGGUCGACCGCAGUUUGACACCAGCGGACAUGGUACCAUCAUUACCACCCACGAUAAGUUGACACAUUACCUGUCUCUUCUUACCAAUCAAUAUCCCAUUGAGAGUUCUUUCAUCAAUCAUUUGGCAGACAAUUUAAAUGCUGAGGUUUCUUUGGGUAAUGUGACAAACGUUGAAGAAGCUAUUGAGUGGAUGAGCUACACAUAUCUCUUCGUCCGCAUGCGCAAAAAUCCUCAGGUAUAUGGUCUGCUGUACAAAGAAGCUCAGCAGGAUCCUACCCUCGAGUUAUUCCGCCGGGAACUCCUCACAAAGGCAGCACGAGCUCUUGAUAAAGCCAGGAUGGUGCGUUAUGAUGAGGGUACCGGCUAUCUCCAUAUAACAGACAUGGGUCGAGUGGCCAGUCAGUUCUACAUUAAGUACGACACUGUAGAAAUUUUCAAUGAAUUCCUCAAGGCUGUGAUGAAUGAGGCAGACAUCUUAGCUGUUAUUUCUCAGAGUUCUGAAUUUUCUCAGCUGAAGGUUCGAGAUGAGGAGCUGAAUGAGUUAGAUGACCUUCACCACCAAUGUGAAGUAGCAGCCAUGGGAGGUGUAGAGAACCUCCAUGGCAAGGUCAACAUUCUCUUACAGAGUCACAUCUCUCGCAUCAGAGUUGACAGUUUCUCUCUUGUGUCGGAUGUGAACUACAUCACUGAGAAUUCGGUGCGCAUCACUCGUGCACUGUUUGAAAUUGUCCUUCACAGAAGUUGGCCGCUCAUGGCUGCUAGACUAUUGACUAUGGCCAAGAUGUUGGAGCACCAGAUGUGGCAUUUUGAGAGUCCAAUGAAGCAGUUUGCUCGCCUCACACAUGAAAUCAUUGACAAGAUUGAAGAUAAACGCCUCACUAUUGAGAAAAUCCGUGACAUGGACCACAGAGAAAUAGGCAGGUUACUACGCCACGAAAAGAUGGGUAAAGAAGUUAAGGCAGCAGCAUGGCAGUUCCCUCUACUGCUGUUGGAGGCCACCAUCCAGCCUAUCACCAGGACUGUUCUCAGGGUGAAGCUUGAUAUUAAAGCAGAGUUCACUUGGAAUGACAAGGUUCAUGGCAGCCAAGAAACAUACUGGAUCUGGGUUGAGGAUCCUGACACCAACCACAUGUACCACCACGAGCAGUUCACACUCACCAAGAAACAAGUUGUUCGUCGUGAGGAGCAGCAGCUGGUGUUUACCAUCCCCAUCUUUGAACCGAUGCCCAACCAGUAUUAUGUGAAGGCCAUUAGUGAUAAAUGGCUCAGUUGUGAGUCCACUUGUGUUAUGAACUUCAAGAAUUUGAUCCUUCCAGAGCGUCAUCCUCCUCACACAGAUCUUCUGGACCUGGAGCCAUUACCAGUUACUGCUCUUAACAACUCAGAGCUUGAGAUGUUGUACAAGUUCUCUCACUUCAACCCCAUCCAGACACAGCUCUUCCACUGCCUCUACCACACAGACAACAAUGUGUUACUCGGAGCACCUACUGGUUCAGGCAAGACCAUCGCUGCCGAGAUUGCCAUGUUUAGAAUCUUCCAUGAGGCCCCCGAGGCUAAGGUAGUAUAUAUUGCACCCCUGAAGGCUCUUGUCCGUGAACGAGUUGAAGACUGGCGGGUGAGGUUACAAGAAAAGUUGGGCAAGAGAGUUGUAGAGUUAACUGGUGAUGUGUCCCCAGACAUAAGAGCCAUCCAGGCAGCCCAUGUUAUCAUCACCACUCCUGAGAAGUGGGACGGCAUCUCUCGGUCGUGGCAGACAAGAAGCUAUGUUAAAAAAGUUUCUCUCAUUAUCAUUGAUGAAAUUCAUUUACUUGGUGAGGAUCGUGGCCCUGUUCUAGAAGUGAUUGUGUCGCGCACAAACUUCAUAUCCAGUCACACCAACAAGGGCCUACGUGUUAUUGGUCUCUCUACAGCCUUAGCCAAUGCCAAGGAUUUAGCAAAUUGGCUUGGUAUUGGACAGAUGGGUUUGUACAACUUCCGUCCCUCAGUGCGGCCAGUGCCUCUGGAAGUGCACAUCUCAGGCUUUCCCGGUAAACACUAUUGCCCACGUAUGGCUACCAUGAACAAACCCACUUUCCAGGCCAUCAGACAACACUCCCCUGAGAAGCCAGUGUUAGUGUUUGUGUCAUCUCGCAGGCAGACCAGAUUAACUGCAUUAGAUCUUAUGGGUCUUGUUGUGGUUGAACAAAACCCUAAACAGUGGCUCAAGAUGCCUGAGCACGAGAUGGAGCAGAUUCUGAGCAACAUACGUGAUGAGAACCUGCGUCUGUGUCUGUCAUUUGGUAUUGGUCUCCACCAUGCUGGCCUGGUGGAGAAAGACAGGAGGGUGGUAGAGGAGCUGUUUACUAACCAGAAAAUACAGAUUCUCAUCACAACUGCCACUCUUGCUUGGGGUGUUAAUUUCCCUGCCCACCUGGUGGUGGUUAAGGGAACAGAGUAUUUUGAUGGCAAGACGAAGAGAUAUGUGGAUUUCCCAAUUACUGAUGUGCUGCAGAUGAUGGGUCGAGCUGGACGACCUCAGUUUGAUGACCAAGGGGUAGCAGUCAUUCUUGUCCACGAUCAAAAGAAACACUUCUACAAAAAGUUCUUGUAUGAACCUUUUCCUGUAGAAUCCAGUUUAAUGGGCGUCAUGCCAGAUCACAUUAAUGCUGAGAUUGUAGCUGGUACCAUCAACUCUAAACAAGAAGCACUGGACUACCUUACAUGGACUUACUUCUUCAGGAGGCUGGUCCAGAAUCCCUCGUACUAUGGGCUGGAGUUGGACAACGAAGCAAAGCCAGAAGGGGCCAUCAAUGCAUUCUUGUCCUCCACUAUAGAUCGAGCCUUAAACUGCCUUGAAAGUGCUUACUGUAUUGAAAUUGGUGCUGAUAAUCGAACUGUCCAGACAACACCCUUGGGCCGCAUUGCCUCGUUUUACUACUUGUCUCACCAGACAAUACAGCUGUUCCAGAACAAACUCAGCCCUACAGUGAACAUGGAAGAUCUCUUAGACCUCCUCACACAGGCUCACGAGUAUGAUGAGUUGCCAGUUCGUCAUAAUGAAGAUAAUCUGAAUGGGGAUUUAGCCAAGUGUUGUCCCAUUGAGGUGAAUGCUUACACAUAUGACUCAUCACACACCAAGGCCCACCUACUACUGCAGGCUCACAUGUCCCGCCUUCAACUGCCAUGUGUGGACUACCUCACUGAUACCAAGUCUGUUCUUGACCAAGCUAUACGAAUCUUACAGGCCAUGUUGGACAUAUGUGGGUGUGCAGGAUGGCUGGCAGCGGCUCUACAGGUGCAGGUGUUGAUGCAGAUGGUAACUCAGGCUCGCUGGCACACUGACAAUUCUCUUCUUACUCUCCCACACGUCAACUCUGAUUCACUCUACUGCUUUAAAAAUGUAGGCAACAAUAUCCAGUGCCUGCCCGAGCUUGUACAAAUUAUUGGUGGGAAGUACGAGAAGCUGGCCAAGAUGUUACGUCAGGAGCUGGAUGAAGGACAAAUUGAAAAUGUAUUCAAGACUCUUCAACAGCUGCCAGUCCUUAAUGUUAUUACAGCAGUGAGAGGAUGGUGGGCCAACACUAAUAAUCAUAAGGAAGUUAGAGUCAACAGAAGGACCACAGAGGAAAACCGAAAAGCCAGUGACUGGAUUCAAGUUCACGCAGAUCAGGAUUAUUCUCUGGCUGUCAACCUUCACCGAGCUAACAGGAGCAGAGACCUUCGUGUCCACGCCCCCAAGUUCCCGAAAGUAAAGGACGAAGGUUGGUUUCUGGUGUUAGGUGAAGCAACAUCUGGAGAGCUGCUGGCACUCAAGAGGGUCCCACCUGUACGUGAUCGAGCCACACAUGUGCUGUCUUUCAGGACACCUGACACCCUAGGAAAUGCACUGUUGACAGUGUAUGUGAUGUCUCACAGCUACCUGCCUGGACCAGCAAUAUGACAUUCCACUAGAAAUCAUUGAAGCCAGCCUAGAGGCCCAGGUCAACUCUGAGGUCACUAUCGGGGAAGUAGACGAAGAUAGUAUGCUUAAAAAAUGGCUUCCUCCCCAAACAGGCAUCUCUCCAGCCAUGAAGGUGACUCAAGAAGACUCAGAGGCACCGGCAGCAGAAAUGAAAGCAUCACCUCCACAGAAUGAUGUCUGUAAUUCUUGGCCAUCAGAGAGUAAAGCUGAAGAUGGCAAAAAGCAG